GUCUCAUCUCAAAUCUCACCUUCCUUAAUUAAAUUCAUGCCAUGCUCAAAAGGGAAAGGGCUAAAAUGGAAAAUACACUUUUUUUUUCUUCAUUUCACCUGUUUCUAUAAUUAGAACUGAUUCUCUCCUCCUUUCAACACCUACUCUCUCUCUCUGUUGUCUCUCAUCUCCUUCACAGUCUAGAUUUCCACUCUUUUUUCUUCUUUUUUUUUUCAGUGAUAUAUAUUUUAGAAUUUCUAGACAACCCAACUGAGAUUGAAUUUCAAAAAACUAAGGACGACCCAGAUCAUGAAUCGUCUCCGCCGAGUGAAGGAGGAGGUUCCGACGUCGAGUUCAUCAGCGGCGCCGAAGACGACGACGGCGUCCCCUCAGCCGAUGGAAGGGCUUAAUGAAGCGGGUCCGGCGCCAUUUCUGACAAAAACAUAUGAAAUAAUCGAAGAUACAGGGACCAAUCAUAUUGUGUCUUGGAGCAGAGGAAACAAUAGCUUUGUGGUUUGGGAUCCUCAAUCCUUUUCCUUAACACUUCUUCCUAAAUAUUUCAAACAUAGCAAUUUCUCAAGCUUCGUUAGACAGCUAAAUACCUAUGGAUUUAGAAAGGUAGAUCCAGAUAAGUGGGAAUUUGCUCAUGAAGGUUUCUUGAGAGGACAGAAACAUCUUCUGAAGCUGAUUCGGAGGAGGAAAACGACGCAACCGAACGCUUCUCAGCAAGCUCCAGACCCUUGUGUCGAGGUCGGACGGUUUGGGCUUGACAGAGAAGUCGAUCGGCUGCAGCGUGAUAAGCAGGUAUUAAUGGCGGAGGUAGUGAAGCUAAGACAACAACAACAAAACACAAAAACAUACCUCCAAACAAUGGAACGUCGGCUAAAAAAGACAGAGACAAGACAACAACUAAUGAUGAACUUCUUAGCAAGAGCAAUUCAAAACCCUGAUUUCAUUCAACAAUUAAUCCACCAAAAAGACAAGCACAAAGAAUUAGAAGAAGCCAUCAAUCGGAAACGAAGACGACAUAUCGACCAAGGCCAACCCGACUUCGAAGACGAAGAUAAAGAAGAUCAUAUUCUACCACCAUUCGUGAACGACGACAUUCACAUGGAUGUCGACUUACUAACCAUUGACGAACAACAUCAAAUGAAAUACCAUGUCCCUAAAGAAGAAAUAAUGGAUGAUAAUAAUUGUGAGAGAAAUGAUAAUGAUGAUGAUUUGAAUGAAGGGUUCUGGGAGAAUUUGUUGAAUGAGGCCAAUGAAGAAGAUCGUUAUGGAUUUAGAACUCAUGGCUUUGAGGAACAAGAGGAUUAUAAGGAUGAAGAUCAUGGGAAUAAUGAAUUAGUUGAUCACUUUGCUUUUUUCACCUCCAAAUUCCAAUGAUCUUAAGUAAACUUACAAAUAUCACAAUUUUUUUUAAUCUUUUUUAUUUUGAUUUUGAUUUUUUGCAUGGGAAGAGGAAGCCAUUUGUCCAUUGAAGAGGAUUUUUUUUUUUUUUUUU